CACGAUGAGUAGCAGCAAGUGUCUGCCGUUUGUGCGGUCCGUCUGGGAGUCCUUCCGCGCCAACUCGGGCCUGGAACCACGGCUCCUCGACGGGCUUCGCGUGACAGCCGCACGCCCGGGCACGGUCAAUUUCGAGCUCGAGAUACAGCAUCAACACACCAAUCGUCUCAAAAUUCUCCAUGGCGGCACCAUUGCGUCCAUGGUGGAUCUGGGGGGUAGUCUGGCCGUGGCUUCUCGAGGACUUUUCGCAACGGGCGUCAGCACCGAUCUCAAUGUUACGUACCUGAACUCGGGAGGGAAAAUUGGAGACAUCAUUCGAGCUGAGGUGACGUGCGACAAGUUUGGCAAGACACUGGCCUAUACUUCAAUCGUUUUCAAGAACGAGAAGGAUGAGCUUGUGGCGAGAGGUAGUCACACCAAGUACGUGAGCAUAGCGUGGAAGGAUCCUCACAACAUUGUCGAGGAGCUGAGUCCUCGACCCGGAUCAUCUGGUCAGUGAAAUGAAGAGAGUGGCAUAUGCAAUAAUGAGUGUAGGUAGGAUGGUUGUUCACCUCACAGCAUCGGGAAUGGCGAGAGCACUACAGCUCAGGACCUGACCUGAAAAUACCCGCUCAAUGCAAGCCACCAGUCAUCAU